UCCAGCUGGACAAUACUUUGUGUUUACCAAGGCGAAUUUAUUACAGGUGACAGCAAACACAUAUAAGUAAAACCCUACAUGUAUUUGUUGUUGCGUUUGGUCCAAGCAUCACGUCAAAAUCAGUAAUCAAAUGUAAACUUACGAAUGUAAACAUACCAAUCCAGACAUACAAAGCAUAUCAUUUUCACGUAAGCCACCUACGGCGAAAAAUUCAGCUGGGUGAAUGCUGUCACCUUAAUAAAUCCACCUUGGUGUUUACACAUUUCAUUUCAAAUUUGUGUUACUUAUAUAGAGUAAAAUUACAUAACUAACGCCUUUCAAGCAGAAUGUGCGAAUCUCGAUCGGGUAAAAAUUUGUAUGCUUCAACAGUUGAGUUGCACGGUUCAGCAGCAGCGGCUCCAAAGAAAACUCAUAACGAAAGUAGUGCCAAUAGCAACGGUAUUGGUGGUGUGGGUGCAAAUGUGUUGCGCAUAAUUUGGCAUAGUUUGUAUGAAAAAUACGAAUAUUUGCGCAGACGUAGCGGUAGUUUAAAACUUGUGGUCGUGCGCGAAACGAAUAAGCCUUUGGCGAAAAAAUUUCGACGUUCGCUGUGUUUAAAUAAAUCGGCAAAAAAGAAAGGAUAUGCGUUUUUCCUAAGUGAUGAGGAUAAAAGUAUGCCAGCCGGCAUACCGAAUUGUCCGCGCGGCUUGGAAUACCUUACGAUGGUCGACCAGCUUUUGGUUAAACAAAAAGUCGAAUUACUCGAAGCUUUCACCGGUUUCGAGACCAAUAAUAAAUUCUCAAUAAAAAAUGCGCUUGGUCAAAAAGUCUAUUUCGCUGUAGAAGAAAACGAUUGUUGUACGCGUAAUAUAUGUGGUCCAUCUCGUCCAUUUGAUAUGAAAGUAUUCGAUAAUUACCGUAAUGAAGUCAUCCAUAUGAACCGUCCAUUAGCCUGUUCGGCGUGUUGCUUCCCAUGCUGCCUACAAACAAUGGAGGUAUCCUCACCACCUGGGUGUGUAGUUGGCACCAUCGAACAAGAAUGGUCCAUAUGUUCGCCCUCAUUUCGUAUAAAAAAUCAUAUUGGUGACACAGUGCUACGCAUCGAGGGACCCUUCUGUACCUUUACAAUGUGUGGAGAUGUACAAUUCAAUAUUGUUUCCCUAACUGGGGAGUCUGUGGGAAAGAUCUCAAAGCAAUGGUCUGGUUUAGCACGAGAAUUAUUUACUGAUGCUGAUUUCUUUGGUAUUACCUUUCCGCUGGAUUUGGAUGUGCGCAUAAAAGCUGUGCUAUUGGGCGCUACUUUUCUUAUUGACGCCAUGUUCUUUGAAAAACAAGGAAAUCGAGAAACUGAUCGACCAGGCAUGUUUUAAUGAGAUUCACAUACAACACCGGUAAAAUUAAUUUGUAUAUAAAAAUAUAGUGAAAUGUUUAAAAAUAUAGCAACGGAUACACACUUCGAAAUUAAAUACUUAUGUUUAAUACUAAAACUUUUUCCAAAAACAAAAAGAGAAACCAUUUUGGAUAAAUUCGAAUAACUAACUAGUCCACUUGAAACCAAAGUAAAGAUACGGCUUAAAAAUAUAUGUUUUUAUGAAAUAUUUGCUAUUUAAAGCGUAAAUUGCGUGUGUAGUUACGCAUUUUGUAUGCAUUUUUUCACUAAGCCUAUGUGUAUAUAUGUACAUAUAUAUGUAUUCAAUAGCUUUAAAAGUAUUGCUGAGAAAUGCGCUCUUUGUAUGAAUUUUUUUUUUUACUGUUUUUAUUAUAAUCUUUGUAAAUGCAAAUUUGUUGGAGCUAAUAAAAUUUAAUACUCAUAACCUUAUA